AGCUCAUCACUACCCGAUAUAGACCCUCGAAGAAGACUUUACUGACUCUAUCCCUGCCUACAGGAAUCUCAUGGCCCCUGACUCAUUCAAGAACCUUGGCUUCGGAGAGGACAGCGACCGCCACAGUGCCUCUACUCCGAGUGCAACCCUAGCCCAUUCAUCGCAACCUCAAGGGCACGAUAAACCCCGCACUUCCUAGAUAUGCCGACUCAUUUCUGGAAUGAAGGGUCUUGGUCUCCUAGUCACUGGUUCGGCACCAACCGAGCAACCGAGAAACCACGGACUCGUCCUAUCUUUCUUUCUGAGCACGCCUGCCGUAUCAGCCGACGCCGAUGUCGUCAGCGGGUUUACAGUGGAGCCUACAUGUCUAGGGCUGCAGACCCGACAGGUUACAAGCCGUUCCACUUCUAUCAUGGACAAGACGGACGAAGAACCGUGUUUCGGCAUUAGACUGGCGUUGGGAGGAAAGGACGAUGCCGAAGGAAGGAAAGGCGAGACAUACACGACUGACAGAUUGACAUAUGCUGUAGACGACAGGGUCGUUGUACCAGACUGCGCCACGACAGGCGAGCGCUCCACGGCUGUGCAGGUCGCACAACAUAGGCUUGAUUCACAAACGCCCUUUGAUACCUGCAAUAGGUACCGACUGCAUCUUGCAAUGUGCACCGCAAUAUACUUGUUUGAAUCGCGAUCGCUAUGAUGCGCCAGGUCCUGUGGCCGCUUCGUACUCAAACCUGCACUAACGGACCUUUUCCGCCAAAUGCGCCGCCUUACCAAUCAUCUGUAAUUCAACUAAGACAUCUGUCAUCCUCCACGGGUCAGAUCUGGACGGGAUCUUGCCGAUCUGUAGAGGAGAUGGUGCAACGUCGCACAAAAGUC